AUGGCGGACCAGGUCAACAUCUUCACCAAGAAUGCUCCGGCUCCUGUCGGGCCCUACUCCCAGGCCGUCAAGACGCCCACGGCCAUCUACUGUUCCGGCCAGAUCCCCCUCACCCCGCAAGGCACCAUGGUCGAGGGCUCCAUCGCCGACAUGACCAAGCAGUGCUGCGAGAACCUCGGCGCCGUCCUAGAGGAGGCCGGAUCCUCCCUCGCCAAGGUCGUCAAGUGCAACAUUUUCAUCUCCGACAUGGCCCACUUUGCCGUAUGCUUCCUGCGUUGCCUUGAGCGGCAUCAUCUUCACCGUGGCUGGCCUGCUGACUUGCGGCAGGAGAUGAACUCUGUCUACGAAAAGUACUUUCCCCACAAGCCUGCUCGCAGCUGCGUUGCCGUCAAGACUCUCCCGAAGAACGUUGACGUCGAGAUUGAGGCCAUUGCGCUUCCGUGA